GAUAAACACAAGACUCGGCGGCGCAUCGGUCCAUCACUCGAACAGGGGAGCGGCAGAUGUCGAAGAAACGGAAAGGUCCUGAUGACCAGGGCAUCCAGGAAUCCCCCCCGGCACGCAGCAGCGAGCAGCAGGGCUUGACAGAUGAAAAAGUGAAGGCCUACCUCUCGCUGCACCCGCAGAUGCUGGACGAAUUUGUGUUGGAGAGUGUGAGUGCUGAGACGUUGGACAGAUGGCUGAAGAGGAAGACCAGCAGCAGGCCUGCAGAUGGCACAUUGACUAAAGAAGUCAGCAGGCAGUACCAGGACACAAACAUGCAGGGUGUGGUGUAUGAACUGAACAGCUUCAUGGAGCAGCGGCUGGACGCUGGAGGAGAUAACAAACUUCUGCUCUAUGAGUUGUCCAACAUAAUCAAAACAGCAACAAAAGCUGAUAGUUUUGCACUUUAUUUCUUGGGAGAAUGCAACAAUAGUUUAUGUUUAUACACUCCAAGGAGGGCCAAGGAUGGCGGUCCAAGCCUCGUCCCGUAUGGCCCCAUCUCAUACGGGACAACCAUUGCCGCUUACGUUGCCAAGACUCGCAAAACACUGCUAGUAGAGGACAUCAUGGGGGACGAGCGAUUUCCGGACGGCACAGGGCAGGACUCAGGGAUCCAUGUUCACUCUGUCCUGUGUCUCCCCGUCCUCACUGCCAUUGGGGACCUCAUCGCCAUCCUGGAGCUGCAUCGGCACUGGGGCAGGGAGCCUUUCAACCUAAGACACCAAGAGGUUGCAACAGCAAAUUUAGCUUGGGCAUCUGUUGCCAUUCAUCAAGUACAGAUGUGCAGAGGCCUUGCCAAACAGACUGAGCUUAAUGACUUCCUACUAGAUGUGUCAAAAACAUACUUUGAUAACAUUGUGGCAAUAGAUUCUCUACUUGAACAUAUUAUGAUAUAUGCAAAAAACCUGGUGAAUGCAGACAGAUGUGCGCUCUUCCAGGUAGAUCACAGCAACAAAGAACUGUACUCUGACCUGUUCGACAUCGGGGAGGAGAAGGAAGGCAAACCUGUGUUUAGAAAAACAAAAGAAAUAAGAUUUUCCAUAGACAAAGGAAUAGCUGGCCAAGUAGCUCAGACAGGGGAAGUCUUAAAUAUCCCAGAUGCCUAUGCAGACCCACGGUUCAACCGAGAGGUAGACCUCAAAACUGGCUACACCACGCGGAAUAUCCUGUGCAUGCCCAUUGUGAGCAGGGGAACCGUUAUCGGUGUGGUGCAGAUGGUGAACAAGCUAAGCGGAAGUGCCUUCACUAAAACCGAUGAGAACAACUUUAAGAUGUUUGCUGUCUUUUGUGCUCUGGCCUUACACUGUGCAAAUAUGUACCACAGGAUCCGGCACUCUGAAUGCAUCUACAGAGUGACGAUGGAAAAGCUGUCCUAUCACAGCAUCUGCACGUCAGAGGAGUGGAAGACCCUCACCCAGCUCAACCUUCCUGAACCCAUUUACAAAGAAAUUGAAACAACGAAACUAACAAGAGCGAGAAUACUGGGAGAGGCGUCCGCAUCGCUGCUGGCGUCUGUGAAACGUCCGAACACCCAGAAGGUGGGCUGUCCACUCAACGCUCAGUGCGCAUGGAGAUAUUUGCGCCUGCUGCUGUCGAAGCGCAUCAUCCUGACAGCGCAAAGGGGGUUCGGAACCUCCUGA